AUAAAUUCACAGGCUCACAGUGCAGUGGCCCAUCUCUUUGGACGGAGAGGGCCACCGGAGACAGGAAGGCAGAAAGAAAAAAUGGCGAUAGGAUGGCAUAGGUCACAGAGCCUGGCGUCUGCAGGGCUCGGGCUGCACGUCCUCCUCUGCUCGUCGUUGCUGCUCAACGCCGUCUUCAUCGCGCACCAAUUCCUCGGGGCCUCACCGCCGGCAACGCCGGAGCGGCUCGGCGACGGGCUGAGCUGGGCACUGCAGGCGGCCAAGGAGGCCGAGGACGUGGCCGCCGUCGACUGCUCCGGCCACGGGAGCGUGUUCCUGGAUGGCGUCACCGGCGAGGACGGGCGGCCCGGGUGCGAGUGCAACAGCUGCUUCUCCGGUCCGGACUGCUCCGUCCGAAUCCCCAACUGCGCCGCCGACGGUCAAGGCGGGGACCCGUUGUUCCUGGAGCCGUAUUGGAAGCGCCACGCCGCGGCCAGCGCCGUGGUGUUCUCCGGGUGGCAUCGCUUGAGCUACAUCACCACCGAUGGCCACUUAAAGUCCGUUGAGCUCGAUCGCCAGAUCCGGCGGCUCCACAGGGCCGUCGGCAACGCGGUCGUCGACGACAAGUACUUGGUCUUCGGGACCGGCUCCACCCACCUGAUCAACGCGCUGGUGUACGCGCUCUCCCCGGAAGGCAACGCCGCCUCGCCGCCGGCCAGCGUCGUCGCCACCGUGCCGUAUUUCGCGAUGUACAAGUCACAGACCGUCAUGUUCGACGGCCGGGAGUACAGAUGGGACGGGACAACCGCUGCGUGGGCAAACAACAACAGCUCACGGAACCCCACCAGGGGUUUCAUUGAGUUCGUCACCUCGCCGAACAACCCCGACAGCACGUUGCACGAGCCCAUCCUCGCCGGCUCGUCGGCGAUCGUCGACCACGCGUACUACUGGCCUCACCUGACGCACAUCCCGGCGCCCGCCGACGAGGACGUCAUGCUCUUCACCACGUCCAAGCUCUCCGGCCACGCCGGCAGCAGAUUCGGGUGGGCGCUGGUAAGGGACGAGAAGGUCGCGAGCAGGGCGAUAUCCUACAUCGAGGAGAGCACCGUGGGCACGUCCCGGGAGACCCAGCUCCGGGUGCUGAAGAUCCUCAAGGUGAUACUGGCCAACCUGCACGGCAAGGAGGACAUCUUCGCCUUCGGCUACGACGUGAUGAGCAGCCGAUGGCGAAGGCUCAACGCCGUCGUGUCGCGGUCCACCCGGAUCUCGCUGCAGAAGAUGCCACCGCAGUACUGCACUUACUUCAACCGGAUCAAAGAACCAUCGCCAGCCUACGCUUGGGUGAAAUGCGAGUGGGUGGAAGACGACGACUGCUACGAGACGCUGCUGGCGGCGGGGAUCAACUCGCUUACCGGCACUGUUAACGAGGCCGGCACUCGGUACACGCGGCUGAGCCUCAUCAAGACGCAGGACGACUUCGACAUGCUCCUGGAGAGGAUCACCGAAUUUGUCGAUGCCGAGAAGCACGGCAGAGCUCCCGCUGCCUCCAGCUCCAUGUGAAAAUCGUGAAUUGGGACCGGGACAAAAGCUUUCGUCUAGCUGGCUUCGAUGGCCACUGUGCCGGAACGAUCAGCUGCUAGCUGAUUGUAGGCAAUAAAUACAAGGCAACGUGGAAAAUCAAGACUGGAAUGAUCAGCUACGCGUUAAUCGUUCAUUCGUUCGCUGUCGACCUUUCGACGGACAGGUGUAAUUAUGUGGAUCUACACAAUCAAUUAGGUGGACACUAUGUGAUUAUGUUUGCAGUGACUAAUAAUUGAGUAUGUAAAUAAAUGAAGAUCAUACAUGUUACUGAUUCAGCA